AUGCCAACUUAUGCGAUGGUUGAUCGGGGGGUGUUUGGUCGUUGUGAUUGGCAAACACUGCGGAAAGCCUUUAUCCUAGAAUUGAUAGAGGUUGAAACUACGUUGUUCGUAGGACCAGCGCAGAAUCGACGAGCUGUCGUUGAGCCACGCACGGACGUUUGGCCGGAACCUAAACCUGCACUGGAAUUCGACGAAAAGUUCCUGAAACUGCCGUCAUCUGACGAGUAUAAACGGGUGCGCCAGUUCAAGAUAGAUGAAAAGGGAGCUGUAGUUUCACGUGGAGACUCUUUCAGACGGAAACGAAAUGAAGCUGCAGUCAAGGGUUCAGACGAUAAAUCUCCUUCGCCAUAUCCGAUUUCGGGAUCAGAUUCGGCUCGAGGAUCUCGUAGUGAGAGCGUGUCAUCAAGUGAGGAUUCACGACGAGAAGUCGCCGCCGCAGCCAAAGCCAACGUUACUAUAACUGAUCCGUCUACUAGCCACAGGGCUUACAAGAUAAGCGUUGUUGGAGAUACCAGCACGGGAAAAUCAUCACUCAUUGGUCAACUAAUCACUUCUGAAUAUAAGAAUGCGUUCGCAGAUGAAAUCCAGGAUUACGAAAAUACCGUAUCCAUUUGUAUCGGUGGCCAAGAACUAGACCUGAUAUUCUUCGAGAGCGACAUGUCCGGCCCAAACUGGAUCUCUGAUGAAAUGGAUGCCUUCGUUGUGGUGUACAGUAUAGAUUCACGAAGAAGUUGGAAACAAGCCACAGUUGCAAUAGAGAUGAUCAGAGAAUCACCACGUUGCAAGAAUUCACCUAUAAUUGUCGCUGGCAACAAGGCUGACCUGGAACGAAAACGAACGGUUACGAAGAGUGAAGUACGAGCAGCUGCGGCACAUUUUGGUUUUGAAAACCUCGAGAUUUCCGUUGCUUUGGAUCAUGAUGUCGAUGAUCUUCUGGUUAGCCUUGUCGCUGAAUUGAAGGAAGCCUACACCCCCAGUAAUCCUGUUGAAAAGGCAAGUGCUCUGUCCUUUCGCCAUCCUGUAUAUUCAACAAGUUCAAGAGCUGGAAAAAAGGAGCCACACCGCGGCUACAGACAUGAGACCAAUUUGCCUUGCUUGUAUUCGCAUACUGGUAGCGUACGUAUCUUCCAGCUCUGA